UCUCUCUCUCCCACUCUCUCUUCAUUUUUCUUACUGUGAUCAACCAUGCUUGCCCAAGUGAUGUCCGAGACAACCCUUCAGGGGAUUAAUGUCUUAGGAAGGGAAAACAGUGCUCCUCCUUCUCCUAAAAGAUUGGAGGGAAAGAUUGCCAUCGUCACCGGCGGCGCCAGAGGCAUCGGAGAAGCAACGGUACGGCUUUUUGCCAGACAUGGAGCUAAGGUUGUCAUUGCUGAUGUGGAGGACACUCUCGGAACUGCGCUUGCAGAUUCCUUAGCUCCUUCUGUGACUUAUUUUCACUGCGAUGUUAGCUUGGAAGAAGACAUGGAGAAUUUGAUUGAAUCCACCGUCUCACGCUACGGACAGCUCGACAUCCUUUUCAACAAUGCCGGGGUUCUCGGAAAUCAGUCCAAGGCGCACAAGAGCAUCGUUGACUUCGACAUCGAUGAAUUCGACCGUGUCAUGCGCAUCAAUGUCAGAGGCAUGGCGCUAGGAAUCAAGCUCGCGGCUCGCGUAAUGAUUCCGAGAGGAUGUGGGUGCAUCAUUUCUACGGCGAGUGUCGCAGGAGUCAUGGGAGGCCUUGGACCGCAUGCUUAUACAGCUUCGAAGCACGCCAUUGUCGGGCUCACAAAGAACACGGCUUGCGAACUCGGCCGAUAUGGG